AUGGGGCAAGCAAAGGACGACAAGAGCGCCCUCGAGGCUGCAUUUCAGGCGGUCAUAGCGGAUGCUGCUGAGCUUCACAAGGAAUCCUCUGGACAUAGCAUUAACGACUUUAUGAAUCCUCCCAUGCGCUCGAUAGACGACCUCAACAGCCAGCUCGACAAUUACAACAAAAGCUUCGGGGCCUUCCGGUCUAAGCGAGAUUCCAUAUUUGGUACUUUGAAAGCCAUGUUACAGCCUAUCCAGGCCGUAGGUGACAUUGUGGCCGGUGCUGCAGGCGAAGCAUUUCCUGCGACACAGACAAUAUACACCGCCAUUUUGUUCCUGGUCAAUGCAGCUAAGGAUGUGUCUUCAAACUAUGACGCCAUUUUUGAACUCUUUGAACUGCUUAAGGCAGUAGCCAUUUUCGCCUCAUUCUUUGAAGUCAUUGUCCUUUCCACUGGGGAGAUCAGGAAGGGACGAUUCAGGUCAUACUUCAAGAGCCUCCUUCAAAUUGGAAGCCCUGUGCAGAGUGCUCUUGAAAAUCUCCAGAAACUCAUUGCCGGCGAGGGCCGACAGGUUCUUGCAGAUACAUAUGGUGGUGUCGCAAGAAUCGACAAAAAGACGGACAAUGUUGAACAGAUUGUGAACCAAGUCAGCCAGGAUGUUCAAGAGCUGAAGCUCGAAUACCGAGCCCGUAUCAAUGCGGCUCAUCAGGAUACACUCCGGGAGCUCCUGGAUCCCUCACCUUUCCCAAGAGAUUAUUUUGAGUCCUUUGACAGGAGUAGGGUGCAAGGCACAGGCGAUUGGAUCCUCCAAGAUGCUUCACUGCAGUCUUGGCUAGAUGGCGAGACGCAAUACAUGUGGAUGUCCGGAGGACCUGGUACUGGAAAGUCCUUUUUGGCUACGAGGCUCAUUUCUUGGGCAAAUAACAACCUCUCUCAUGUUGCCUACUUUUAUUUUCGAUCCAAUGACCCAGAGACACGAUCCGUCCUCCAAGCACUACGAGAUGUCUCUUAUCAGCUCAGCGAGAGCGACGCUUUCUACGCAAAACAGCUCACUCGCAGUGUCCACACUACUGCAGACAUCAAAACGGUACCCAGUGCUUUUCGGAAAUUGUUCGCCGAAUCUUUCGAAAAUGACACUCGCAGUGAGCCAUUUUACGUGUUCCUGGAUGGCCUCGACGAAGCGGCUACAGAGGAGAUUGAAGAACUUCUAACACAGCUGGCCGCGUGCAUGGAAGAACAGCCGGUACCGGGAGGCAAAGCCAAGGUCAAGAUUUGCCUCACCGGAAGGUCGCAUCUGACUGAUUUGGUGUCGACGUACCUGGAUCCUCCAACGCCAAGCCGCUCGCUGACCCUCGUGCACGUCACUCCAGAUCGCGUCGCGAAUGAUGUCAGGUCUUAUAUUAAACACGGCGUGGCACACUCUCGCGUCAUGAGCCAAGUCGGUCCCGAGCUGAAGGCCCAAGUCAUCGAGACCAUGGAAAAACGUGUCGAUGGCCUCUUCAUCCUCGCCAAGUUCAUGUUGGCCGAUGUCAAUCGCAAACGCCGCCCAAAUUCUAUCCUCGAGUCUCUCGCAUCGUUCCCACGAGAGAUAAACGGCAUUCUGGGCAUGACAUUAGCCGACCUGUCUUCUACAAUCACUGAUGAAGAGGCAGGGGAUUUGAAUGAAGUGCUUGGGUGGGUAGCCUGUGCACAACAAGCUCUCACAAUCGAGCAGCUUGAAGCUGUCUUGAUACUAGAGUUCGGGACCCCUCCCUUCCGGUUCGAGAACAGUCUCCGUGGCCAGUAUGCUUCAUUCUUCAGCGUGGAGCGUGAAGACGGCCUCACGACAGACGACUUGGUCAGGGACUACGAACGCCUACAGCGGGGAGGUAACAGAUCCGCGACCCCGAACGGACAUGUCAGAAAGUCUGUUUCUUCUGAAAGAGGAGGAGUUAAUUCUCGCGAUGUCAGUCCGGCGCAACGGCUCGCCGAUUCCCCCCGCCGGCGCACAAGCCCUGUCACAUCCCUUGAGUCCAAUCUGGCCCGCCACCCCAGCCCUUCGCCUGGCCCCAUCCUCCUACCUGAAAUCACAACUCCCGACCAGGAUAUGGAGUUCAGGUCAAAAAAGUCUAGCACGACAGUCACCUUCUUUCAUGCCUCUGUACGCGAGUUCUUCCGCGAAGGCGACCCAUUCAAGGCUUCCGAGAAGACGGGCGGACCCUCUGUCGGCUUCAACGCGCUGGCCAUGAGAACGCACAUUCUUAAAAUAUGUCUGCGUAUCUUCAAUGACAAGAAAUGGUUUAAGUCCCAGGAUCUCGGAAGGAGAGCCCACUCAAUCAAGCAGUAUGCUGCAUGGUACUGGCAAGAGCACCUAGCGGCUGUUGACCCCAAGGAUGUGGGCAAGGACGACAAACGAAUCAUCGGCCAGCAGGUAUACCGCAUGCUGGUUGACGAGACCACAAUGUCCGAUUGGAGUCUCAUGUAUGAAGAAAAUGACGAGGGCCUCGAAGUUUUCAACGACGCAAACAUCGAUGGUCUCCGUGCCUGGAUCGAGGACGAUGACGUGGUGUCGGGACUGGACUCUGAUGCAAAGAAAUGGGCAGAGGAAUCGGUUACUAGGCCGGCAAGCAUGUUCCUUGCAAUGGGCCGAUUCUAUGCCAAGGCAUGGCUCGAUGAGAAGUGCGAGCUCUACGUCCCCACCAGACUCUGCUUCGAGAUUGUCCAAAGCAUCUCGUAUCUUGAUGCCGGGCACAAGUGGUCCGAGUCACAGCAUCACUGGGCAGGUGUACCGGUCCAAGAACGCAUCAACAACGCUACAGAGUGGUCGCAGUACCCCAAAACGGCACAUUGGUUCCGUCGAGUCGGUAGCACAUAUCUCACACUGAACAUACACAAGGAAGCCUUGGCCCAUUACACUGAAGGACUCAAGCUCCAGCCUGACAACGCCGAGAUAGCUGGGCCUAAGGCGUACUGUCUUCUCAAGGAUAAGUCGUACUCGGAGGCUCUUGAACUCGGACUCAGGUGCGAGGCCAUGGAGCUCAAGCUAAUGGCCGAGGGAAACCUUUCUGGAUCAGCUCUCUCGACCAGCAAGUGGCGCCUGUACAAGGACUAUUCUGUCAUCGCGUUAGCAUACUCACUCACAGGCAACGUCGACAAGUCAAUCGAGUAUUUCCGCAAGGCUUUGGACAGCGCAGAUGAGGCCGACAUGAGAUACCAGGAGCGGUUCGAGCCGGUCAUCGGCUUCCUUGGCGUGCUUUCGACGCACGAUAGACAUGCCGAAAUAAUGGAGGUGAUUAAAGACCUGUCGCUGCAUGCCUCUGGUCCUCACAAGGAGAGCAGCCGACUGGUUGAAUUUUUGCUCUCGGAGCACGACACUUCUUUGGUGCUGGAGUCGAUUCCCAAGGCUGCGUGCAGGGAUGGACAGGUCGAGUUUCUGGUUGAGAGGCUACAGAUAGCGCUCAAGAUUGCGCACGACAAGCGCGAUGUGCCCAAGGGACUCUUCCUCCGCAUCGCCCUUGGAGUGACAUUGAUGUACCAGCGCGAAACAGACGCGGCGAUUGAGAUCUUUGAGCGAAUUUCGCUGAUCGAAUACCGGUCGCGAGGAAACGUGCCGACGCGACGGGCGCACGCCAUCUCGUUCCAGAAACUAGCAUCACUGUACAAGGACAUGGCACUGCAGGCCGGACUGAACCAGCCUAGUGCAGACCACUGGAUCAAGCUUCUUGAGGCGGUGCAAUCCAAGCACAGAUCCCACCGUCACAAAACCAAAAUGCCACUGCGCAUGACGGGUUCCGACUUCAACGCGGCGGCCGUCUACCUGGCACUCAUUUUCCGGCUGCGACGACGGGUCAGAGAGGCGGAGGCACUCCUUGCGGCGCUUAUUGUCGAGAGUUGCGAAAUUCUAGAGGAUAACGAUCUGGACAACGACGAAUUUUCACUGGAGAACCUACUCCGACUGUUUGUCGCCGCGGGAGAGGGAGAAGACUCGAACGCACGCGCGCUGGCCGUAUCCAUGAGACAGCCCAGCCCCCAGGGCUUGGCCGGGACAGCUGGUGGUGAGGGUGAGUCACCCAUCCAACCACGCAGAGCAGCCCAUCCGGAACCCAAGCUGUCUGGCAUUCAAUCAACAGACCGCUGCUGCGCGCAGUGUCUCAGCGUUAUCAAAGACGAGAAGCCUUUCUUUAUCUGCCGUUACUGUCUAGAUAGCUUCUGCGAUAGAUGUCUCAGGCAGAGGAUCAAGCCUGGUGUCGCUGCUACCGAUCAAGGUUCAGAAGGGUUGGCAUUGGGUCUUGCUUGCAGUGUAGACCACGAUUGGAUUGAGGUGCCUCCGCUAGAUAGGGUGCUUCAUACGGGCGAGUUGUUUGUAGAUGGGCAAGUGAGGCGGCUUGCCGAAUGGGAGGGUGAGGUGAAGAAGAAGUGGAAGGGUAAGUUGGAGAUUUGUUGA